ACAAGAAAACAAGCGAGGAAGGAUACUAGAUUAAUACAGUACUAUAUAGGUGUAUACGGUACUAUAUAGGUGUAUACGGUACUAUAUAGAUGUAUACGGUACUAUGUAGGUGUAUACGGUACUAUAUAGGUGUAUACAGUGGUAUAAAAAUAUUACGUGUAUGGUGGCAAUAUUUGACCGGAAGUACAAAUUUGGACACUUCACUACACCAACGUUGAACAUUGAAACAUUAUUUCAAGAGGCGCCGGUUUCCAUUCUGGUGUAGCAAGAAGGAGGAGGUUCCUGUGGCAUGACGACGACAUACAAAGGAAAUAAAGCCUUAAAGGUCAAACGAGAGCCAGGUGAGAAUGGCACCAGCUUGACAGACGACGAACUGGUGAUCAUGUCGGUGCGUGAGCUCAACCAGCACUUCCGAGGACUCUCCAAGGAAGAGAUCCUACAACUGAAGCAGCGUCGACGCACCCUGAAGAAUCGAGGCUAUGCCGCCAGCUGCCGGGUAAAGCGAGUCUCUCAAAAGGAAGAGCUGGAAAAUCAGAAGGCGCUGCUGCAAGAAGAAGUGGACAAACUGGCCAAUGAGAAUGCUUCCAUGCGUCAGGAGUUGGACACUCUCAGGUCUAAGUAUGACGCCUUACAGACCUUUGCCAGGACCGUGGCCAGGAACCCCAGUGUGGGGGUCGGAUUCAGGGCUGGCGUGGGAGGGGUAGCGUCGUCUAUCAUUGGUCAACUCAUACCAGGAAAGGUGGCAACGGCGACAAGCGUGAUUACAAUAGUCAAGUCAAAAGCAGAUGCACGGUCUUGAGGGGAAUAGGUUGAUUUGAGGGUUUUGAGGGAUGUGUUUUUCACCUUUCCUCCUUCAGCAUUCACCCAUGGACACCUACCUGAAAUCUGUGCAGGUGAGGAACCAUACCUACCUAAUCUCAGCACAAGUGAAAGACCAUACCUACCUGAAUUCAGUGUACAUGAAGAACCAUUAACACCUGUAGUCAGUGUACUUGAAGUGUACCUACCUGAAGUCAGCGCAUGUGAAGGACCAUACCUACCUGAAUUCAGUGUACAUGAAGAACCAUUAACACCUGUAGUCAGUGUACUUGAAGUGUACCUACCUGAAGUCAGCGCAGGUGAAGGACCAUACCUACCUGAAGUUAACGCAAGUGAAGGACCAUGCCUACCUGAAGUUAGCGCAGGUGAAGGACCAUGCCUACCUGAAUUCAGUGUACAUGAAAGACCAUGCCUACCUGAAGUCAGUGUACAUGAAGAAACAGACCUCCCUGAAGUUAGCGCAGGUGAGGCACCAUGCUGAAGUGAGGAAAGAUCCGAUGACAAUUUGGAUUAAUCAUAAUUCAUCACAGGUUAUUACUUGCAUAAUUUGAAUCAACUUAAAAGAGCCCAAUAUUUUUUCACAAAUGCAAUUCUUAUUGUCAAAUUGUCAUAAAGGAAUAAUUCCCAAAUGUUUUACUUAAAUGCAUUUGAGUAAAAUGUCAUUUAUUUGUUGAUCAAUUGGUCACAAUUUUAUCUACAGUACAGUGAGGGUUUAUUUUGAAGGGAAAUUUGCUAUAGAGCACAUCAUCACUGACACAUGCAUUGACCUGAUGACUGACCGUACAACAACAACAACUUGCUUUCAGGUUAAAGUAGAGGAUACUUCAU